AUGUUUAGGGGCCUCCAGCUAAACGAAGCAUUAGAGAUGCAAAUGGAAGUCCAAAGACGUUUGAACGAUCAACUUGAGGUUCAAAAGAGUCUGAAGGUCAAAAUUGAAGCACAAUCGAGAUUUUUAGAGAGAGUUGCACAAGAAUACAAAACAAGGCCAACCAUUGUCAAAUCCAGAAAACCAAUCUCGAUUAUAUCUCUUCCUUCCCUUUGUGAUGAGUUUGAAUCCAUCAUCAAGGAUUUUGAUUCUGAUUCUGAAGGCGACACAUGCCAUAUGAUCAGGUCUAGCCUAGAAUCUCCACCUACAAAGAGGGCCAGGGUUGUGUUUAUCGAUGAUGAUGUAAUGUCUCCAGAGAUAUUUGACCUAAACUCUAGCAAUUACACUCAAAACAUCCCCCAACUUCCAAAAGGCAACACAUUUCCAUGGAGUAUAGCCUUUUGCCACUCACCCCUAAUUCCAGCUUCACAUAGUUCUUUUCGUUGA